AUCUUCGUUUUUUAUACUGCCCUGAUUUUUUUUCUAGUUCACUUUUCCUCUGUAUUUCCUUGCAGCAGUCAUGGCACCCUUAAUGCGCACCCUUGGCAGAAACGGCCCGUCUAUUCCAGCAAUUGGUUUCGGUCUUAUGAGCAUAGGAGGCAUCUAUGGUCCCGCCCCAAGUGACGAAGUGCGAAGUACCUUGCUGGAUCAUGCGCAUGCCAUUGGCGAGCGCUUUUGGGAUACGGCCGAUAUGUAUGCCGACUCAGAAGACGCAGUUGGUCUCUGGGUGAAGCAAAAUCCAGACAAACGCAAAGAUAUCUUCCUGGCAACGAAGUUUGGCAUUAAAUUCAACCCGGCGACGUACGAACAGUCCUUGCACUCUGACCCGGAAUAUAUCAAGCAAGCGUGUGAGAGAAGCUUGAAGAGAUUGAACACAGACUACAUUGAUCUGUAUUACUGCCAUCGAGUCGAUGGAAAGACCCCCAUCGAAAAGACUGUGGAGGCUAUGGUCGAGCUGAAACAGCAAGGCAAGAUUCGUCACAUCGGCCUCAGCGAGGUAUCCGCUGCGACUCUACGUCGUGCACAUGCCGUCCAUCCUAUAGCAGCUGUCCAGAUAGAGUACAGUCCGAUUGCAAUUGAGAUUGAAGACGAGGAAGUCGGAUUGCUCCAAACAGCCCGAGAACUCGGUGUUGCGAUUGUGGCCUACAGUCCCAUGGGUCGUGGAGUUCUAAGCGGUGGUUACAAGACAGUGGAAGAGAUCCAUGCCAAAGAUCGUUUCCUGGCCGCUCUUCCACGCUUCUCGAAAGAAAACUUCCCCAAGAUCUUGAGAAUGAUCACAAAAUUCGAGCAAGUUGCAAAAAAUAAAGGAUGUACUACUGGUCAGUUGGCCAUGGCCUGGGUAUUGAGUCGUGGCGAAGACGUUCUCGUCAUCCCUGGUACAAGAACGAUCAAGUACCUAGAAGAGAACUUUGCUACUCAAAACAUUAAGUUGACCCCCGAGGAGGAGAAAGCUCUGUCAAGCAUUAUCUACGCAACCAAGUUUCAAGGUAGCAGAUAUCCCGAAGGAUUCCCCAAAGGGUAUGAGUUUGGCGACACUCCAGUUCUUUGA